CCCACCGCCGCUGCAAGUGUUGGCGGCUGGAGAAGGCAAAAAGAGGAGGGUGACAGGCCCGGAGCUGAGCUGGGCCCUAGGAGGUGAGAGAGGGGAGCCCUGCAGUAGGAGACAGGUAAUGAACCAAAAAGAUCAUGUCUGAAGUUCAAGGAACGGUUGAGUUUUCUGUAGAGCUACAUAAAUUCUAUAAUGUGGAUCUCUUUCAGAGAGGAUAUUACCAGAUCCGAAUGACCUUGAAGGUGUCCUCCAGGAUCCCUCACAGACUGAGUGCUUCCAUCGUGGGACAGUCAGAGAGCAGCAGUCUGCAUUCAGCCUAUGUCCAUGAGAGCACUGUGCACAGCCGGGUCUUCCAGAUCUUAUACAGGAAUGAAGAGGUGCCCAUAAAUGAUGCCAUGAUCUUUCGAGCUCAUUUGCUCCUUGAUGGUGAAAGGGUGGAAGACGCGCUGAGUGGAGUCGAUUUUCAGCUCAAGGUGGACCUGCACUUUACGGACAGUGAAGAGCAGCUGAGGGACGUGGCCGGAACACCAAUGAUCAGCAGCCGCACGCUCAGCCUGCAUUUCCACCCCCGGAGAGGUCUACACCACCAGGUCCCUGUCAUGUUUGACUACUUCCACCUGUCAGUGAUCUCGGUGACCAUCCACGCUGCCCUGGUGGCUCUGCAGCAGCCCCUGAUCAGUUUUACUCGUCCGGGAAGAGGCUCCUGGCUUGGUAAAGGCGGCCCAGACACGGGACCAGAACAGUCCAUCAUUUCUCUGGAAAACUUGGUCUUUGGAGCUGGAUAUUGCAAGCCAACUUCCUCAGAGGGAAGCUUCUAUGUCCCCUCGGAGAACUGCAUGCAGCAUGCCCACAAAUGGCACCGUGACCUGUGCCUCCUGCUCUUACAUGCCUACCGGGGACUCCGCCUCUACUUCCUGGUCAUCAUGAGGGACAUCCCAGAGCUGCCACACAUGGAGCUGGAGGCCCUUGCUGUUGAAGAAACCCUCUCCCAGCUAUGCUCAGAACUCCAGAUGCUGAACAAUCCAGAGAAGAUAGCUGAGCAGAUAAGUAAGGAUCUCGCCUGGCUCACCUCUCACCUGAUGGCUCUGUGGACACAGUUCCUGGACACGGUGACACUGCACUCCCAAGUGACCACUUAUCUCACCCAGGAGCACCACACCCUGAGGGUCCGAAGGUUUUCUGAGGCCUUCUUUUAUAUGGAGCACCAAAAACUCGCUGUCUUGACCUUUCAGGAAAAUCUCAUACAGACUCACAGUCAGCUGUCUCUGGACAUCCGGAAUUCGGAGUACCUCACCAGCAUGCCCCCGCUGCCCGCAGAGUGCCUGGACAUCGACGGUGACUGGAACACCUUGCCAGUUAUCUUUGAGGACAGAUAUGUGGACUGCCCUGCGACAGGGCACAAUUUGAGUGUUUAUCCUAAUUUCAAAGUUCCAGCUGUAAGUCACACAAUAACGAAUCUAAAAGAUAAAGAAGAGAACCAUAUUGUAAAUAGAAAAUCAUCUUUUAGGGGAGACCUUGUCUUAUCUACUAGGAAACCACCUCAGAUGGACUCUGAUGGUGAGGUUACUAGGUGUCCAGGGUCAGAUGAGAAUGUAACCACAGAAAAUUCUGUGGAAGUGUGCUCCGAAUCUCAGGUGUAUCUGACAAUUGGUGAAUUCCAGAACAAAAAAGGUGCGCCUGAAGAUGAAUGUUGGACUGGUCAAAGGUCUGAAGUCAGAACAUACCCACUGGCAGAUGUGAACAUCCCUAGGAGGAGUUCAGACCCAGAGGAUGCACAGUCUCCAACACUGACUUACAUUGAGGUGAAAUCUAGCAAUAAGAACACCCACAGAGCUGAGCCCAUGGAAGUCCCUAAUGAGAGGAGAAGCCCUAGGGACAGUUAUAGGACAGUACCAAGCAAAGCAAUAGCAGGUGGAAAUCACCAAAAUGCCAUCUCUUUAGACAAAGCAACUGUCCCUGAGUUAAGUACUCUAGGAAAGGGAGCAGACCCAGAGGGUAAGCCAGUGCUACUGAGCCUGAGGCUCACCCCUGCUGAGCCCUCACUAAGCGCUACUGUGACAGAGCCUUUGGAUCCUCGGUCUUCCUUCCAGGACCCUCACACAGAAGAGCAGGAGGAGCUGUCCACGCUGUCUGGGGCCAUCAAGAGGUCUUCUUCUAUCAUAUCUGACUCAGGCAUUGAGAGUGAGCCAAGCUCAGUGGCCUGGUCUGAGGCCCGAAGCAGGGCCCUGGAGUUAGCCAGUGAAGUCCUGCACCAGGCGGUUCGAAGACACGCGCUCCACAGGAACUCCCUGGAGGGUGGACACACAGAAAGCAACACCAGCCUACCAAGCGGCAUCCAGGCCUCUCUCACCUCCAUCAGCUCUCUGCCUUUUGAGGAGGAAGAGCGUGAGCUGGCGCUCACCAAGCUGACCAAAUCUGCAUCUGCACCCCAAAUCAGCAGCCCAGAAGACUCAAAUGAAGGUGCAGACACUAUGAAGAAAAAGGGAGGCUUCGCUGAAGCUUUGGAAACGCAGAAGAGCAAAGGGUCCCCCGAGCAUAGUUCUCAGCUGUGUGGUGGGUCUGGAACCAAGGACGCCAGGGCAGGUCAGUCCCUCAUGGAAGCAGUUUCACAUGCUGCCACACAGCAGGACCCUGGUUACAUGGACAUCCCCAAAGGUAAAGAGAACCAGUUGGAACUUCAAGGCCACCAUCGUCUAGAUGGCAGGACUGAGAACACCCCAGAUGUCGAAACCAAAGGUCUUAACUUAAAAAUACCACGUAUUAUAGCGCUUGAAAAUCCCAGGACCACGUCGAUGCAUAGAGCACUCGUGGAAACCCCAAAGGGCAGACCUAAAGACUCGAAUGCGAGCAAACACAUCCUCUCCAACAGCAGCAUCUCAGAAGUCGGGGAAACGUCUCACCAUCUGGUGCCUGAAUUCAGCUGUACGUCAGCUUCUGACCCCGUCACCCUGAAUCCGGAGCGCAGUGGUGCGCCUGGCACCGUGGACCACGUGGCGUUGCGUAGAGGACCUAAUGCCUUCCCGGAGGUUGAACACAAAGCAGGCACUGUGUGCCCCACUGUGACUCACUCCAUUCCCUCCCAAAUUCUGAGAAACCAAGAGCUGAGGACGGGCGCUUCCAUCAUGGGUCCCCCGCUGGCCUCUGCAGAGACCUUUACUCUGGACAGCCUGAAGACGGUGGAGGUUGUCAACCUGUCUGUGUCUUGCACUGCCACCUGCCUCCCCUUCUCAUCUGUGCCCAAGGAGACCCCUGCCAGGGCCGGACUCGCUUCCAAACAGACCCCAGUUCCCAUUACCCAUCAGCCUCUGGGGUCCUUCGGGGUUGUUUCUGCCCAUUCGAGCAAGCUGGAGGAGGACGUCAGUGAAAGGAUGUUCAGUUUUUAUCAGGCCAAAGAAAAAUUUAAAAAAGAACUGAAGAUUGAAGGAUUUCUGUACAGUGACUUAUCUGUACUAGCUUCUGAUAUACCAUAUUUCCCACCAGAGGAAGAGGAAGAAAACUUGGAAGAUGGGAUUCACCUGGUCGUCUGUGUCCAUGGCCUGGACGGGAACAGUGCGGACCUCCGGCUGGUAAAGACUUUCAUAGAGUUGGGGCUCCCUGGAGGAAAACUGGACUUCCUCAUGUCUGAAAAGAAUCAGACAGACACGUUUGCAGACUUUGAUACCAUGACGGAUCGCUUACUGGAUGAAAUCAUUCAGCACAUUCAGUUGUACAACCUCUCCAUAUCCCGAAUUAGCUUCAUUGGCCAUUCUCUUGGCAACAUCAUCAUCCGAUCUGUCCUCACCCGGCCCCGGUUCCGGUAUUACCUCAACAAACUGCACACGUUCCUGUCACUGUCUGGGCCUCACCUGGGGACCUUGUACAACAACAGCACCCUGGUUAGUACAGGCUUGUGGCUCAUGCAGAAAUUAAAGAAAUCCGGGUCCCUUCUGCAGCUGACCUUCAGGGAUAAUGCUGAUUUACGCAAAUGCUUCCUCUACCAACUAAGCCAAAAAACAGGGCUGCAGUAUUUUAAAAACGUUGUGCUGGUUGCUUCUCCCCAAGACCGCUAUGUGCCCUUCCAUUCAGCCAGGAUCGAGAUGUGCAAAACCGCCCUCAAAGACAGACACACAGGGCCAGUUUAUGCAGAAAUGAUCAACAACCUUCUGGGCCCUCUGGUGGAAGCCAAGGACUGCACUUUAAUCCGGCACAACGUGUUUCACGCCCUGCCCAACACUGCCAACACCCUGAUCGGCCGAGCUGCUCACAUCGCGGUGCUGGAUUCGGAACUUUUCCUAGAGAAGUUUUUCCUGGUGGCAGGACUCAACUACUUCAAGUAGUGGCUUUGAGGGAGCAGGCCUGGGGUGGCCCUCCAGAAGUGUUUAAGGUGAACUGAGUGCUUUUGCUGGGGCAUGCCCCUCUGCCAUGCCAGGGUGGAGCUAUGGAGGCGGCAUGAGAUGGAGCUGGGUGGAACUGAACCGUAGUGGUGCUUCCGUUUUAGAGGUUUGGGAAAGCUGAACACAGAGUGUAAAAGACAACAGACUUUGCUUGAAUUUGUCUAGCCACCUGGAGUCUCUUUCAAGAUGCUUUUAGGGAAAAUAUGAGAAAAUAAAGAAAGGAUGCUUGGAGUGGGCCCGCCCACCUUUCACCCUGACGGCUCACAGGGAGGUCGCUCCGACUGAAAUAGAUUUGUCCAACAUGUGGCUAGCUCAUAGCUUUAUCAUUUUGAUUAAAUCAAGUGCACACAAGCAUUUCAGAACUCAGGUUAACCUCUGUGCAGAAGUGCAACAUACUCGUGUAAAUAGAACCCUUACUAGAUUCCAACGUGCCACUUGUUUAAAACCAACACGACACCCACACUCUUGUUCUCUCUUCAUGUUCUCCAAACAAGGGACAAAGGAAUGUGUGGCACAUCCCCAUUAUACUUUGGGACAGCAGUCAGUGGGGUGACAAUGCAAGAAGGGGUAGGGGUGAUGCUCUUAGUAAAUACAAGUUUGUUACCAACAGAAAUAACCCUAGGGAACUCACUGAGCAGCUGCUCUGCCUACUUCCCCAACUCUCUAUGCAUAGCCUGGUUCACAGAUGGUUUUGUGAUGGCUUCGAUCUCGGGGGCAGGGAAAACUGAGUGAGACUAUAGUCAGUAGGAGGGGGCACUCCAGAUAGAUGCAUGUGUGCACGAAGCUCCUGCUGAAACACUUCCAAAGAAACGCUGUGUUAGCACCGGAUGCAACUGCAAAAAAUCAAAACCAUUAACAUGGCCAGCUGCUUCUCCUCUCCCUGGAAGGAGAAAGACAUCCAAUUGGAGGAGUGCUGGAUACAAACCUCAGGGGAGCCCUCGGAAGGGUGCUGGAUAUCUUUCAAUUGAAAUGUCUUCUUGCCUUAGGGAAUAAAGGGCUAGGAAGGUCACCACUGAUAUAAACUGAUAGAGGACAGGGGCAAAUGUAAGAUCAGGAUUAGAACAAAAGCCAGACUAAAGACUGAACUUAAGCUGUCAUUGGUAAGUGACUUACAGGGAACUUGUGAAAAUAACCAGGAGGGUUAGUAUGGUCCCAAAGACCGUAUGGGCUGAGGGAAGGUCCAUGAAUCAUUCAGUCACGUGGAAGGAAUGCACGAGUCAGGAAAGCAGAGAUGGAUGACACGGUGACCCUUCAGGUCUGCACGUGCAGGGAUUCCUCUGGUUCAAGUAUCUGGACUGUGGCUCCAGGUCACAGAUGCCAAGUGGACCUGGGCUCAUCUGGGCAUUGUAGAUCCUCCCACAUUAAAUCAAAUGCAGACCCUGAGAAAGGAGUUCAGAAAGGCAACGUGCAGGAGAGAGGCCUGUGUAUUUCCUAAAACUAGGAGUAGUAGGCGGGACAGUGUCAAAUAUUUUGCAAGGACAAAAUUCCACACAGCAACUUUAGGGUCUUUCUGAAUUUUCAUUAUAUCCUGGUCUGAGAACUUGGGUUUGCUGACCCCCUGGGUGAUUUUCCUGGGUUCCUGCGCUGGUGCUGGCAUGGACUCUGGCUGCUCGCGAGCAGUGAUGCUGUUGCUCUAAAAUCCAGGAGACAAGUGUUUCCUGGUCAUGCAGCCCAUAAAAGUGUGUCUCCUGGCCCAGACAAGAGCCGUGCUCAGUGCAGGGCUGGAGGUUUGUAGCAGCUUCUCUCUGGCCAUAUGCGAGUCCAGCUCCUUUGAGGAGUGCAUUUCAUGUCAUGUUUCCAGUUCUCAUCAGCGUGCGUCAUUCCCUGGUCACUCGAAAGACGGGGUAGCCAGUAGUUAUGGAGCCAGGAUGAAUCUGAUGAUCAUCAUCUUUUCCAAUAGCCAGAUGCCAUUUUAACUUCAACAUGCUGUCUGGACACAGUGAGAACUAAUGGCAAUAAGCGUCCAGCUGCAUGGUGCACCUCUUUUUUAUAGGGGUGUCCUGCUGUCUUUGUAAACCCCCUCUGGCCUCUGCGCAUCUUAUACUUGUGUAGAAAGUACAUCUCUAUAUUGUAAAUAAGCGUGUUGAGUGUUGUGUGUUGUGCCUCAUUUGAAAAGGCUUUUUUAUGUCUCUUUCUAUUGAAGUAUAGAUAUCUAAUAUAUAUGCAUAAUAUAUAUAUAUAUAUAUACCUAUGUAUAAUGUAAAGCAGGGACAUUCUAUUAUUGAUUAUAAAAAUUAUAAACAAAAAGCCUGCCAACAUAACGGUCUAGUAUGUCUUCAUUCUCAGUAUAAUUUUUUUUGUUCGUUUGUAUGAUUUGUUA